GGGCCCCGCCUCCCCCCCGCCCGGCCCCCCAGCAUUGCCUGUCCCGGCUAUGAUGGCUACUAUAGCCGAACUUUUACAAAAUCAAACAACAGCCAUUUUACAAGCACAAACCCAGUCAAUGGCUAUUUUACAAACACAAUUUCAAGCGUCAGCUGCGAUUUUGCAAAAGCUGCAUACGCUCGCCUCCGCGGCCGCCCUCCCGACCCACCCGGAAGUCCCCUGGUCCGGCGAACACGCCGGCCAUGCGCCGGCCCUGGGCUGGGCGGCUCCCACUCCCGGGGCCGCCGCCUCCCUCCCGCGCAGCCCUGACCCCGCCCCCGGGGCCGCCCCCCCCCUCCCCCUCGGUCCAGACCCCGCCCCCGCGGCCGCCGGCCCCCUCCCCCGCAGUCCGGACCCCGCCCCCGGGGCCGCGGCCGCCGCCCCCCUCUCGCGCGGCCAUGACCCCGCCCCUGUUUCCACCUCUUCUCCCUCGAGCGCCCCGGACCCCGCCCCUGCAGCCGCGGCACCGCCCGUCCUUCCCAGGGACGCCCCGGCUCCCGGCGCAGCACCCCCGCUGCCCGCCCGCCUCCUGCACUCGCGGCCGGACCCCCCGGCAGACGCAAACCCGGCGCCCCCACCCCCCCAUCCCCCCGCGGCGCCGCAGCCCCUGCCUCUGGCUACAGAACCCCGGAACCCCCCAACGCCGGCACCACUUCCGGGUUUCCCAAACCCAUCACCAUAUCCCUCCGCACCCCUCCCUUCGCCGGCUCUUCAGACUGCCACAGCAACCAAUGCCAUAGCGACAGCAUAUCCUUCCACAAAUCCCAGUUCCCCACAGGUGCUGCUGCCCACAACCUCCACCCCCCCUGCUCCUCUGCCUCGGCUGGCAGCAGCCCUUGCCUCCCACACUAACAGCUCCUCACCACACCCUAACGACGAUACUAUGCCUCAGCAACGUGAACGCAACAAUGUAACUGCAGCUUCUACAAACAAAGGACAAACAGAGAACUAUGUUACCCCUGCAAACUCUAACCUUUCUAUCCCAGUCUCACCAAAUUCUCAACACAGUGCCAACAAUCUUCAAUUGACUAACUGCCCUGAAAUCAAAUAUGAUAACCACAAAGAAGACAACCUGCCUUCCCAAGCCAUACCGGCAAUACCCAACCAACAACCUGCUAAUCUCAAAACAUGGACAUUCCUUCCCUCCCAUGAUUUAAAAGAGUUGCGAAAAGCAAUUAAUGACGGUGGCAUCUCCUCUUCCUAUUUCAAACAGCUGUUGAAAAGUACCCUAGAGAGACACACACUCACGCCACAUGACUGCAAACAUCUUGCCACCACAUUUCUCACGGACUCACAAUAUAUAUUGUGGGAUCUUAAAUGGAAGAGAAUGCUUGCAGGAGUCCUGACUACAUAUAGACAAAGCACUGAUGCACAACUUCGCACCCUUACCUUGUCUAAAUUAACAGGUGACCCACCAGAUGAUAAGAUCGAACAUCAGGCGAAUCUACCCAAAAUGGUAUUGGAUGAUGUCAAAAAGAUGGCUCGCAGAGCCUUUUUGCAGAUUCAGCCAGCGGGAACUUCCGAAGAAGCAUACAAUCUAGUUACCCAAGGCUCAUCUGAACCAUUCACCACAUUUGUAGACCGGGUAAUUCAAGCUACUGAAAGGCAAUGUGGUGAUGAUUUGGCCCGGCCGAUAAUGAUCCGGGACAUCCUCGAAAAUAAUGCCAACGCCCAAUGCAAACGAAUCAUCAAGGCCCUAGGAAAAGAAAAACCUACAGUGCCUGAGAUGAUUGAAGCGUGCAACUAUGUUGGGAGCCCACAUGACGUGGCAGUCGUCCAAGCACAUGAACCCGAAGAAACCCGGGGAGAUAAACUGGAAAGGGCUCUUGCAGCACAAGCACAACAGGCAGAAGCAAGAGACCAGAGACUUACGGAACUUCUAACUGCCCUGCAUCUCAGCUCCCAACAACAAUACAACACCAUGGCUGUCAUGCAAGCUGCUCUGCCUCUAGGACCCUGCUACCUCUGCAAAAAACCUGGCCACAUUGUAAAGGAUUGCACAGAAGUCAACAAAAGCCCACAAACGCCUGAUUCGUGCACCACCUGCAAAAAAGGAAAACAUAUGCCCUGGCAGUGCCGAUCCAAACAAGAUGCGAGUAGAAGACCUAAUCCAAAAAACUCCAAGGCGAGCGCGCCGCGUCACCGCGUGAUGAAACAAAUGGUGGCCCCCCAAAACCCCGAGGCACCUGGUGCACUCUGGCGACCUCCAAGCCAACAACCUUCUUAAAGGAUGAUGGCUACGACUAUAUUUCGACAGGAAUCACUGGGCCUUCACAACUCCGGCAAGACUUUCUAAUAGUUGGCAAAGAAAGGAACUGCAUCCUGGGGCUACUUGUUCUACCUUGUGUAGUCUCUGCUAACUGCAAUGAAGAACUAUUAGUGUUAGCCAAGGCUUACUACCCCCCAUUGCAUAUUCCACCUAAAACCCCUAUAGCCACUGCCAUUGCACUGCCUAUGGGAGCCAUAGACCAGAUACCACCACGUUGUUUCCCAGUCGCUUCUGAAAACCCCGAGGUCCUAUGGGUUCAACACAUAAGUGACCAAAGACCAAUGCUAACUUGUGAACUAUCAAAUGGCGGGGUUCGAGUCACCAUCAAGGGGAUGAUUGACACGGGGGCAGACGUUUCUGUAAUU